CACGUAAGUACGUCAGCGGAAGUAUUCUGAGCGUACGUAAGCUAGGUCACAUUGGUUCAGUUUUGCAAUGUUUUGAGAAACAUCACCACAAUGGAGACAGCCAACGCAGAGGAGAUCCAACUGAGGCAUGUGGAGAAAGAUGUCCUAAUCCCCAAGCUGAUGAGGGAGAGAGCCAAGGAGCACUGUGCUGAGAAAGUUGAAGCCUUCAACCACUGCUGUAAAGAAUCCGGUUUCUUCAUGGUGUUUAAGUGUCGAGAGGAGAAUGCAGCACUGAAGGAAUGUCUGACAAUACACUACAAGGACCCUGCGUUUUUCGAGCAGUGUAAGCAGGAGUACAUCCAAGAGAAACUGGAGUUUGAGAGGACAGGGAUCCCAACAAAGAACAGGAAACAAAAACUCCCAACUAGCAUGUAAUGAACAACAUGACACCCAGAUUCCCUCCUUUAAAGGCAAUGGUGCGAAGUGUGAGGCUCUGGCUAGAACCAGCACCAAGCACUGCACACUAAGGAUACAUGUUCAUCUGAAGCCUGUGUGUUUUAUUUAAAUGUGUGGAAUUAAUGACUGAAACUCCUGUGGUGUGCAAGAGUGGUAUAUAAUCAAAAUAAUACCUAUUUUUUAUGUUCUGUAUAUUUGCAAAGUGUUCCCUAUUAGAUGGCCAGAAUUAUUUUCCUCACUUGAUUGAAUCAGCAGCAUUUACUUAACAUUUACGAAUGAGCUUAUGUAUUGAUAGAAUAUACAGAAAGCCCUGAUCAUAUCACCGUCUGUACCUAAACCUGGAAGAUCUUCAUUAGAGCACAACACUUCAGCUUUGGAGGCGUGCAUAAAUUGAAGAGUCCCUACAGGAUGCAAUUAAAUAUGACAAUUGCAAUGUAAAUAAAAGAAAUAUCAGUAGCAGUAAAGUGCUUAGCAGUGGUAAAUUAGACAUGACUUGAAAUGUUCAUGAUUGCAUUUUUCAUUUACAGUUCAGAUUAAAAGCUUCUGAAAUACUGUAA